UUAGUAACUUCUUUGAAAUUGGCAGUAACCUCCUUAACUUAAACAACAAAGAUGUCUGGGAUUCCAUAGACAAAGAGGAUUCCCAGCAGGUCGACAAAACACCGCAAAAUAUGAUAAAGAACAUUGAAAAAUUUGCUACCGUCACUGCUGAGAAAACAAACAAGACACUUGUCAUUCAAAAGGAGAAUUUACUUGUGGAAAUCAAAAAGGCUUCAGUUAAUGAAACUCUAAAAUUACCAACGUCUCAGGUCAAAGCCACUACUCCAGAGUGGAUACAGAAUAGUCUUACAACUGUCACUAUUCCCAGUGAAUCAUUAAAAGAAGUAUUUAAAGGAAACGAAACUAUUUCAGUGGCAACAACAAUUUUCAAAGAUGUAUCAGGUCUAAUUCAAGGUGUAGGGUAAGCAUACAUUUUUCUUGCAC